UUUCUAUUUCAGCUUCUAGUAUGCUCUCCAGGAUGAUGAGAUUGCCCAAGAAGUAACCCUGCAAAGGACAACUAUCACUCUAUCUAAAUUCAAACCACAAACUUCAUAGUGCCACAGCACAUGGAUUUCAGAAGUACCUGUGAGGAGACAAAGACAGGAGUUUGCUUGCUACAAGAUGACAAUCAGGAACCUUUUAAAGUCCGGCUGCAUCUUGCAAGAGAUCUUCUGAUGCUACAGGAGCAAGACGUGCUGUGUGUUUCUGGUGAGCCUUUCUAUUCCGGCGAAAGAACGGUGACGAUCAGAAGGCAGACAGUAGGAGGAUUUGGUUUAAGUAUAAAGGGAGGUGCAGAACAUAACAUUCCAGUUGUCGUUUCCAAAAUCUCUAAGGAGCAAAGAGCGGAGCUGUCAGGACUACUUUUCAUCGGAGAUGCAAUUCUACAGAUAAAUGGAAUUAAUGUAAGGAAAUACAGACAUGAAGAAGUGGUUCAGGUGCUUCGGAAUGCUGGGGAAGAAGUGACCCUGACAGUGUCCUUUUUAAAAAGAGCACCUGCUUUCCUCAAACUCCCGCUGAAUGAAGACUGUGCAUGUGCUCCAAGUGACCAAAGCAGUGGUACCUCUUCUCCUCUUUGUGACAGUGGCUUGCACCUCAACUACCAUCCAAACAAUACAGACACACUUUCCUGUUCAUCAUGGCCCACAUCUCCAGGCCUCCGGUGGGAGAAGCGAUGGUGUGACCUCAGGCUCAUUCCCCUACUGCAUGCCCGCUUCUCCCAGUACAUGCCAGGGACUGACCAGAGUCGGCAGAAUGCUUUCCAAGUUGUUGCUGUGGAUGGAGUCUGCAGUGGAAUUAUUCAGUGUCUCUCUGCUGAAGACUGCUUGGAUUGGCUCCAAGCAUUAGCAGCUAAUAUUUCAAACCUCACAAAGCACAAUAUCAAAAAAAUCAACAGAAAUUUCCCUGUAAACCAGCAGAUAGUCUACAUGGGCUGGUGCGAAGCACGGGAGCAAGACUCGCUCCAGGAUCGUGUGUACACGCCUGUCUUUCUUGCCCUGAGGGGCUCCUGUCUUUACAAGUUCCCUUCACCUCCAGUGACCACCUGGGAUUGGACACGCGCAGAGAAAACUUUCUCCAUAUGUGAGAUCAUGUGCAAGGUUCUCAAGGACAGUGAUCUGCUGGAUCGGCGGAAACAUUGCUUUACUAUGCAGUCUGAGUGUGGGGAGGACCUCUACUUCUCUGUGGAGUUAGAGAGUGACCUUGCUCAAUGGGAGCGAGCCUUCCAAACAGCCACCUUCCUAGAAGUGGAGAGGAUACAGUGCAAGACCUAUGCAUGUGUGCUAGAGAGUCACCUAAUGGGCCUCACAAUUGACUUCAGCACUGGCUUCAUCUGCUAUGAUGCGGCAACAAAGGCUGUACUUUGGAGGUUUAAAUUUUCUCAGCUUAAAGGCUCAUCAGAUGAUGGCAAAAGCAAAAUAAAAUUUUUGUUUCAGAAUCCAGAUACUAAACAAAUUGAAGCAAAGGAGUUGGAAUUUUCUAAUUUAUUUGCUGUUCUUCACUGUAUUCAUUCAUUUUUUGCUGCCAAAGUAGCUUGUUUAGACCCUCUGUUUUUAGGUAGUCAGGCUGUUGCUUCUUCUGCUGGCGGCUCUGCUCCUACAAGCAAAGCAAAGCACUUGGCUUGACAUGCUGAGUUCUGCCAGACAGUCUUCAGGAUCACUGCUCACUUUCACCCUG